UUUAUCAUAGUGCCAUGGAAGAAUUACCAAGUUCCGACGUACGAAUUGUAUUGAACAUAAAGGAAGGUAAAGGUUUUGAACAAAUUAUACUACCAACGUUAGUAACUGCCACCUUAAAUGGACACUUGUUAGAAACUGAAACAAUAAGUCCAAGCCCUAAUCCCCAAUAUGACCAUGACUUGGUUUGGGAAAUAGAUAAAAAUAGACUGCGGAAGAUGAGAUCUGGACAAGUCCCAUUAAAAUUAGAAUGUUUUGCUGUUAAAGGCCUUGAUAGUAAAGAGAAAUUGGGAUACCUCUUACUCAGUUUACGAUCUGCACAGGUAUUUUCUAAAAAUGAAGGUGAUAAUGUAAAAACCAGUUGGUAUAAACUAUUAGGACUUAGAAGCGAUUUGAAAAUACACAAACCUGAGCUACUUCUUGGUUUAAGUAUUCAUGAUCAAGAGUCUACAACAUUAAAUUGUCACAUAGAGUCAAAGAAUGCAAAAGAAAUCAAGCAAACAAAUUUUGAUGCUGAUAAAAUAACUCCAAUUUUACUACGUGAUGAACGGCUUAUACAAUUAGGUCCCUUAGAUACUUGUCAUGAGUUAUUUUUGAUGAACAUUGCAGCCAUAACUGCAGCAAAUACAGAUUUAUUAUUACCAGAAAAAUAUUACUUGGACAUGAAAAAUAAUUUAUAUUUUUGGUGUAAAAUAUUAGAAAAUCAUGUAUACUUUAAUCAGUCGAAAAGAGAAUAUGGUGAAUUUUGGAUACUCAAUGAGAAAAUUGUAAUAAGGAUCAGGACUUUGUUAAAAGUUUUGAAAUCAUACCUACAAGUAAAACCAUUUUUGAUUAUAUAUUUGAAGUAUAAAGAUAACAUAAUAGCUCAGUCAGAAGUUAAUUUGCAACCACUAGUUUCUACUGAUAAUAUUGAAGAGUUUCUUAAAACUUCUGAAAAUAAUAGUAAUAUUUUAAACUACCGAUGUUACCUAUACAAAAAGGAACUUAAUGAAAACGGUGAAACGGAAUGUAGUAAUUCGUACCUUGAUUUACAACUAAAAUUGCAGUAUGUUGGAGGUAAAACAGAAAUAAUAAUGAACACUCCAAGUACAGUAUUCAGCAAUACAGUCCCUCUUAAUCCUACUAAAGAACAAACACAUAAUUUGAAACACAUAAAUUAUAGUGAAAUAGAUUAUCACAGAAAUCCAGCUGGUGACUUUGGAACAUGCAAUACUGCAAUUCCAAUGGUCAGUUUCUCAAAUGGUUGCAGCGUGCUUAAUAAACACUCCUUAAGCUAUGAACAUAUAAGAAGUCAACAAAUUAAGCCUGUAUAUUCCCAAUCAGUUGACAAGUUACCAUGUCAGUGCAGGUUCAAUGAUUGUUCGAAAAGUGUAGAAGCUUAUCACUGCUAUUGUUUAAACAUUGUAUUGAUAGCCAUUAAAUCAGUAUCUCCAAAACUAACUGUACCAAAUAUUGAAAUUCAGUUUCAUCAUCCAAAGACAGAAAUCGCAUCAACCUUUCAUCCGAAAAUAUCAAUUGUAAUAGGGGAAAACGUGAAGUUACAAGAUAUAGGAUGUAAACUCCAUUUUAUAUCAGCAACAGAUGAAAUUAAACAUUUAUUAUCAUCUUUCCCGCCCAAAAUUAGUAUAUAUAAAAUAGAUGAAGGCCCUAAAACUUGUAUUGCUGAAUGUGUAGUAGAUGUGAAACAAUUAAUUUGUCAAAGCAAGACUGAAUGUCAAUGUGAAAUACAAUUGUAUGAUAAGGAACAAAGUAUUGUUGGUAACUUAGAUAUUGCAAUGAAUUUAGAAGAUCAUGGCCCAUAUUAUAGAAUUAAGAAAAAAACACCGAAUGAAAAUUUAGGACCCCCAAUCUUAGAUGACAGUUUAGCAUACAAAAUAGUUGAUGAGUUGGAAACAUGGAAGGAACGUCAAAAGGAAAUAUUCAAAGUUGAGUUGAAAAGGAAGGAGGAUCGUCAUUUAAAUUUAUUAAGUCAAGAAUGGCAAAAACAUAAAGAAAGUUUAGAAGCAAAACUUGCGUGUAGUGUUAAACAAUGUAAAAUGUUAGCAAAUAGUUUAAACAACGCCACAGAAGACUUAAGAACACGGAGAUUAAAGAGCCUUGAAAAGGAGACGAGAUUAAUUAAAGCAAAUGAAGAAUUACAUUGGUCGUAUGAAUCAAAAUUACGCGAGCUCAGAGAGUCGUAUCACACAAUGCAAGACGAACUUAUGUCAAAGAUCAGUGCUCUUGAAAAAAGAAAAACUAUCUUAGAAACGCAAGUUGAAGAAUUAAGUACAGAAAGAGAAAGAUUGCAGUUACUUGCAACAAAACAAGCAGAAGAAUUAAAAACUUAUCAGAAAGGAUCUUUAACGCAACAUCAAACAGCAACUUUAUUACAAGAAUUAAAAACACUCGAGGAAAAGUUGCAACAUGCACAAGAUAGUAAAUCAUUUUUUAAAAGUAAGUGGGCAACGGCAGUUCGUGAAAUACAUAGACUGAAGCAAGAAUAUCAGGAAGCUAUACAAGUUCAGAUAAAAAAUAGUAAAGAAGAAUUGGAAAACUUAGAUUUAGAGGAGAUACUGUGUGCAGAUUCCACUGCUUUGACUAAUGAUCAAACUACAUUGAACCAAAUUCAAAAGGAAAUCGAUGUAAUUAAACAGAAACCAUCCUACAUUGAAAUAGAUCCUUAUAGUUCGGUUUUCACGCCGACUACUAUGGGUCCAAGAAUACCACAAAGCAAUAGUAAACAUUUAUUAAAACAGUCAGAAGAGAAGGAUGAACGAUUGCAAGCGUUAAUUGAGGAACGAGAUUCUCUCCUAAAGACUGGUAGUUACACGUAUGAAGAUGCAAUUAUAAUAAAAUUAAAUGCUGAAAUAAGAUCUCAAAUGUUGAAGUAG